UCUCUCUCUCUCUCUCUCUGUCUCUCUCUCUCUGCUGAUGGCUUCUCCGCGUCAAAAUCCGCGACACAUUUUGUCAGCAGCCACCGAGCAUGGGUCCCUUUGGUAAUAGAAUAGCCAAUGUAAUUUGACACUUCAACUUACUGCGCUCUCUCCGAGUCUAUUCAGUUACUCACCCACUGACGUUGAGCCCGUUCUCAGUGGCCGUGAGGGGGGGAAGAUAUUUAAAAACAAGAGCCGAAAAUUACCGAGGACUUUCUUCGCUUAAUAACCCGGGGCAGAAGACGUGAGGCGUGGAAGUGCUUCUACUCCUGGUGUGUGAAUGGGUGGGGGGGGUCCUUCGUGGUGAAGAAUCAAGGAUUGAAAUCAACGCAGAACGCUCCAGUUUAAUGGCUGGCAGGUAGAGGCCGAAGAGGGACAAUCAACAUGAACUCGAUUCCGUCGAUGGACAGACACAUACAGCAGACAAAUGACCGUCUGCAGUGUAUCAAACAGCACUUACAAAAUCCAGCAAAUUUCCAAACAGCAGCAACCGAGUUGCUGGACUGGUGUGGUGACCCCCGAGCCUUCCAGCGCCCCUUCGAGCAAAGCCUGAUGGGAUGCCUAACGGUGGUCAGCCGCGUAGCAGCACAGCAGGGCUACGACUUGGACCUGGGCUACCGGCUCCUGGCCGUGUGCGCUGCCAACAGGGACAAGUUCACUCCAAAAUCAGCAGAAACCAACUGCUGCAGGAGGUGUCAGUCUGACUCAGGUACUUGCUGUGUGUCGCACAGGAAACUCAUGCACAUUGGGGACGCCCCUCCCUCCUCCCCACAGAAGAACACAAACGAGCCCCCGGGAAAAGUGCCCAUGCAGCCCCCUAUGAGCUCCAUGAAGCCCAGCCUCUCACACGGGUCAACAACAACAAUCCCAUACAACCCUGGGGCAACCCCCCGGGGGCCGCGGGUGUCUGGUAACAAUCCUGGGAUGAACUCUUCACAGUUUCCCGGUCCUCAGCAGCAGUUCCCAAACAAAGGCAACUCCAACCAGGGCUACAUGCAGCAGGGCAUGUACGGACGACCCAACUACCCCGGAGGAGGAGGCUUUGGUGGCAAGCAUCCACAGCCAAGUUAUGGCGGGCAGCAGUAUGGACCAAACAGCCAGUUCCCUAACCAGCAGGGGCCGUACCCCUCACCUAACCCCUCGAGGCCACUGCCGUCCCCUAACUACCCGGGCCAGAGGAUGCCAGGACAGCAGCUGCAGGGCCAAUACCCGCCACCCAGUGGUGCCAUGGGCCAGUACUAUAAGCAAGAGCCUUUUAAUGGCCAAACGAAUAACUUCUCUGGGAGUGGAUAUCAGUACAGCCAGGGUAAUAUGAAUGGGCCGCCCAGACCGGUGGGUAACUACCCUCACUCCCCAGUGCCAGGCAACCCCACCCCUCCAAUGACCCCAGGAAGUAACAUCCCUCCAUACUUGUCGCCAAACCAGGACGUGAAGCCACCCUUCCCUCCUGACAUCAAACCAAAUAUCAACGCUCUCCCUCCUCCUCCAGCCAACCACAACGAGGAGCUGCGCCUGACGUUCCCUGUGCGGGAUGGUGUAGUCCUAGAGCCCUUCAGGCUAGAGCAUAACCUGGCUGUUAGCAACCACGUUUUCCACUUACGGCCUUCUGUACAUCAGACUCUCAUGUGGAGAUCGGACCUCGAGCUGCAGUUUAAGUGCUACCACCAUGAAGACCGUCAGAUGAACACCAACUGGCCAGCUUCGGUCCAAGUCAGCGUAAAUGCCACACCGCUCACCAUCGAGCGGGGCGACAAUAAGACCUCCCACAAACCCCUGCACUUGAAACAUGUAUGCCAGCCAGGAAGAAACACGAUCCAGAUCACAGUCACUGCUUGUUGCUGUUCGCACUUGUUUGUGCUGCAGCUGGUCCACAGGCCCUCAGUUCGCUCUGUCCUCCAGGGCUUACUGAAGAAAAGGCUUCUGCCUGCAGAGCACUGCAUCACCAAAGUUAAGAGGAACUUCAGCAGCGUAGCAGCGUCAUCGGGGAACGCAGCACUCAACGGAGAGGAUGGCGUUGAGCAGACGGCCAUUAAGGUUUCCCUCAAAUGUCCAAUCACCUUUCGGCGAAUACAGCUUCCAGCAAGAGGCCACGACUGCAAACAUGUUCAGUGUUUUGAUUUGGAAUCGUAUUUACAACUGAACUGUGAGCGGGGGACAUGGCGAUGUCCUGUAUGCAAUAAAACAGCGUUGUUAGAGGGACUCGAAGUGGACCAGUACAUGUGGGGAAUCUUGAACGCCAUUCAAAAUUCUGAGUUUGAGGAAGUGACUAUUGACCCAACAUGUAGCUGGCGGCCGGUAGCUAUUAAAUCUGAUAUCCACAUCAAGGAGGAUCCAGAUGGACCGCUGGCCAAGAGGUUUAAGACUAUGAGCCCCAGCCAAAUGAUCAUGCCCAAUGUGAUGGAGAUGAUAGCUCAGCUCGGCCCCGGGCCGUCACCGUACCCAUUAUUAUCUUCUCAGCAAGGGGGCAACAACAGCGAAUAUGGCAGCCAAGGCAACAGUUACCAGGGGCACGGGAACUUUGACUUUCCUCACGGCACCCCUGGUGGUACAUCGAUGAAUGAUUUCAUGCACGGUCCCCAGCUGUCUCACCCACCUGACAUGCCCAACAGUCUGAUGGCCCAGGACAAGCCUCUCUCACACAACAUGCCUGACUCAAUACCUCACUCUGCCGGCAAUGACCAGUCGCAUGGUCCUCUGCAGAGCUUACAUGCAUCCCCACACCCUGGGAGCCAAUCAGGGCAGCAGCUACACCACAGCGGGCCUCCUCAGCCGUCACGACAAGCUCCGCCUCCUCAGCAGCAACAGCAGCCACCCGGCCCCAACAACCAUCCCCACGGCGACCUGGCCUUCAACCCCUCCAGCAGUUUGGACAGCCAAGCAGGGUCGGACAUGCCUGAGCCAUCUAUAGACCUUCUUCCAGAGCUCGCUAACCCAGAUGAGCUGUUGUCGUACUUGGAUCCACCCGACCUCCCCAGCAAUAGCAACGAUGACCUUCUAUCGCUCUUCGAAAACAACUGAGGCAAUUCAGACACACAAAAACUUUUCUGACUGCCUGCAGUUUCCCUGAGAACCCAGGGCGGUCGCUCAGUACUUGAUAAACACAAAGAUGCACUCCCUUUCUCUUCUUCCUCUUGUACAGUUUUCAUUGGCCAGCACAGAUUGACUGAAAGAGGUUAAAACUCCCAAGACACGGCGUGAUGCGGAGGGGCUGGGGGGUCGCUCCGUCCUCCUACCCCAGUGGCGAUACUUUUGAACUGUGCAGCUAUACUCAGUUGAUUUUGGGUUUUUUUUACGCCACACACAGGUGUAUGUGUGCACAUUAGGAACGUCUUGUAGCAUUUUUUAUUCAUGGUUUGUUUCCUUUUGAGAAGAAAAAAGGAUUUCACUGUAUAAAACAGAAAAAAGAACUGAAAAAAAACCUGCGCUAUCUGGCCAGUGUGUGCUAUGUCCAUAUUGUUAUUCCAAUCUGAGAGGCCACGGCUUCCUGGUGUCACAGCUCCAUUCCCUGACUGGUCUGGUUAGCCACACUGUUAUGUCCACCACACAUCAUUUAAAAGCACAAGAGAUUUUGGCAAUGCAAAAAGAAUAAUCUGUCUUAACGGAAGUAUAAAAGAUCAAUUAGAUCAGCGUAUGUCUGUCGUUGACAAAAAGUUUGUUUUUUUAAAUAUUUUGCUCAAAAUUUUAAAAGUGUUUUUGGGAAUGAUCGGCUUCCAUUUUGUCUACAAUUGUGAUACGUACAUAUUUUUGUCAAAAAGAGAUAUCCCUGUUUUUCAGUCCUUUGAGGGUUGAAAGCUGCAACGCAGAAGAUUGUGGCCCCACUAAAAGUUUAUAUUGCAUACCAAGAAUAGCAGACCUGUACUUCUACAUAUGGUAUAGUUAUCGUCCUUCUUUGCAAGGAAGUGAUUUUAAUAGAAACGAAAGGUACAGUAUAAGAGAUUGGGGUUUCUGUAAAGAUCCUGCUUUGUUUAUUGCUUCCUGCUACGACUCCUUCCGUGUCGUCUGCUCUGCAUGAGCCCCCGCUGUCGCUCUUGUCAGCAUUUUUGCAACGUUGCAUCUCUCUCCCUGUUAAAUGAUGUGCUGUUAAAAUAGUCUACAAAGUGCAUGUGUGCCAAGCCCUUGUCUAGUGCUGUUCCAAGUGGUAAAAAAAAGAUAGUGUGGUUUUUCAUCAGUUGCUGUUUCCACAGCUCUUUUUUUGUUUGUACGUUUGUUUCUGUCAGAUUUAGUAUGAUAUAUUUAACACUAACAUUGAAGGGAUAAUGCUGAUAUCAGCAAUACAUUUAUCAUGUAUUUGCUGUAUAUACUGUAUUAUGUUUGUUUGUUUUCUUGUUUUUGUUGCUGCGUAAUUAAACUAUCCAUACAUCUUUUGGGAAACUGCUCAACCUCACCAAAGUUAGAGGGAUAAGAAUGGAGAGGUUUGUGUUUGCUUGGUCCUGUGUAAGACUGCGAUUGUGUGCAUGUGUGAAUGUGUGACUGUGUGUUUCUAUUAGUGUGAUGGGAGAAAAUAUUGAUUUCAAAGAUAUAGGGGAGGACAAAUACAGUUUAUCCAUCACUGCUGUUCAAGAAGUGGUUUUUAAAGCAGUAUUGGUGCAGACCUUUUGCCACAUUUGUUUUCAAUUUCACUUUUUGAGAAGAGUGUUGUCCAGUAUGCAAAUGUAUUAUUUUUUAAGAAAUGCUAUUGUACUGUAAAUAUCAUUGUGAAUAUUUUUGUAUCAUCUUGAUAAUGUCCUUUGAUCAUUAGUCGUCCGACCUAACAACGUAUGCUCCCAGACUUCCAUCUAACCACUGACUUUGUUUGUAACCAGCAUAUGACAGCUGUCUCGCCUCCUCGUUGUGGGGAAGCCAGUCCAAAUGUCUCAUAAGCUAUUUUCUGCAGGUCGCCGUGCUUUCUAGUCACUUUCCUCCCAGUGCAUUCUGUCUCACACCUGUCGUUUGUUGACAGAUGUCCCAUUUUUUAUGUGCCCCCCCCCCUUUCCUGCAUCAGCUCAAGGUGAUUGUGUAGCAUCAUUUCAGUUUUCAGAUGUCAAACUCAGUUGGACGCAAUAUUUUCUUUCACACUCAGAUGUAUUUGAUUGAAAAUGUCUAUUCAUGAAUUUACGUUUGCAUUUUAUCAGUGAUACUGAACAGUAAUGGUUUUAAAAAAGAUAUGGUAUUGGCUGGCUUUCAGUGUAAUUUCAGUGAGCUAUGUGAAUAUCAUAAUUGUUGCUAAUUGUCAAUACACAGUGGUAUUUUAAAGAUAUAUCACAACCAUAUUUUAAAGAAAUCCAUGAUAUUGUUUAUAUUUUUGUUAUAGAAAAUGUGGCUUUUUUAAAAGCGCGAGACCAUAUACAUUUUUAUCCCCUUUAUGUUUUUGGUAAAUUAUUUUGUACUGGUUUUCUUAUUAAUCUGUAAGGCUAGAAAUCCAAUUUCCUUCAACUGUAGCAUUGUGCUGAUUUAACCACCCUGGUUUUAUGUAAACAUUAUUUUAAACGUCAUUUAAGAAAUAUUUGUUCCAGUUCAGCACGCUGACAUGUUGUUUCAUAUUUAUGUCACAAAGAGACAUCAAAUCAAAUAAUCCCUAUUUUAACGAUACACCGCCACAUUUUCAUUUUUUUACAAUCUGAAUUGAAACUUUUGAUCAAUCCCAUGGAAGUCUUCGUCAUUUCAUAUUUUUUUCCUCACUUUCAAGUGAGCCAAUUUGGUGUAUAAGGCAGCACCCCAAAUCUGUAGUUGCACAAUCACAAUAAAUGGCCAUUUCUCUGGAGGAAGUUGUUUUAAAAAAAAAAAAAAAGAAAAGAAAUAAAAAAUGCAGAGAGAAAGGGCACGUUCAUCAUUCUGGCCUGGAAAGGAUGUUGAGGGCAAGGCUAGAUCAAACGUCCCAAGGAUGCCUGUAUAUAUGUAAAUGAAUAUAGAGACAUGUGAACAGAAAUGUAUUCAUUUUCCCUGGGAAUGUGCAUUGUUUCUUCAGAAUAAUAAAAAGCUUGCAACCCCUCUACUGGAAGUGGCUGAAUAUGGAAAAUUAAACUUGUUAGUUAGUGUCUGUGGGUAUCUCUCAGCAUUUUGUUCCCCCUCUGUAAUAUAUUUCACCUCUUUUGUUAGGGGAACUGGGACAACUAUGUUUUACAUGUAAUAUUUAGCCUAAGUGUUCUAGUCUGUCAUCUGCAUUCUCUGAGUUGCGAAAGCUAUAAAAAAAAUAAUAAUAAAAAGGUUACAAAGAAAAUCGUUCGGAGGGGUGGGAGGAAGGCGGUGGGAGGGACAGGUCCAGAAGAUUGUAACCAAAUCCAUAGUUUGUACAAUUUUUUGAUAUCAUGAGCAGUUGGAAAAAUGAUACAAUCUAAGGUGAUUCAUGCAAUGUGGCCAUUGUCUCUAUUGUGUACAUUGUAUGUACAAUCAUUUCAUAUUCUAAACUGGUCAGAAAAUAAAGGAACUAAUUGUGAUUUUUAGUCUUGCAGAACUGUAUGUAGUUAGAUGAUGUGACAACCUAAUAUUUAUCUAAUAAAUAUGUAUUCAGAUGAUCCCUGUA